AUGGCUCCCGCAAGGAAAUCAAAAACAAACCAACCUCCAUCACCAUCCCGAACCUUGGUUCUCGAUAAUGGCGCCUACACUAUAAAGGCUGGAUAUGUAGUGGAUGAUGUCGUAGAUGAGCCUCGCAUAAUACCGAAUUGCAUCGCCCGAGAUCGCAACAAGAAGAUCUAUAUUGCUUCCGAUAUUAAUAAAUGUACCGACUUCAGCGAGAUCGCUUUUAGGCGACCAGUUGAGAAAGGCUUCGUCGUGAACUGGGAGACUGAGAAAGAGAUAUGGGAACACGAAUUCUUUGAUGACAAGUCUCCUCAACCCUGCGAUCCCUCAGAGACUCGGUUACUACUUACCGAACCGUCAAACUCCCUUCCUAUACUACAGACAAAUUGCGAUCAAAUGGUAUUUGAGGAAUUUGGGUUUGCUAGCUAUUACCGAGGAAUUGGUCCGUCUCUCAAUGCCUAUCACGACGUGCAAGGUAUCCUUCGAACACCGCGAGACCCAGGAACUAUUGCUCAGCUUCCUGCCGAGAUUUUACUCCUUAUCGACACCGGAUAUUCUCAUACCACUGUUACACCCCUUCUCCAAGGCAGACCUAUCCAUCCUGCUAUCCGAAGAUUAGAUGUUGGAGGUAAACUCUUAACUAAUUACUUGACGCGGUUGCUUUCGCUUCGUCAUUACGACAUGCGUAACGAAACCUACAUUGUGAAUGAGAUGAAGGAGGCUGCCUGCUAUGUUUCCCUCGAUUAUAAGGGAGAUCAUGAACGUACAUGGAAGGGCACAAGAGGUGAACGUCGGGAUACCUAUAUUAAUGGUGGAGGGAUAGCUAAAGAUUACGUGCUCCCCGAUUUCCAUACGAUAACUAAGGGUAUCCUCCGGGAUUUCGAUCCUCUUCGCGCCUCAAAGGCUCGAAAACUAGCGGCUGGGCGUGCUGGAGAGUCCAAUGAGGAUGUGUUAACUCUCCGUAACGAACGCUUCUCUGUUCCGGAAUUGCUAUUCCAUCCUUCAGAUAUUGGUAUCCGCCAGCCAGGUAUUGCGGAUCUCGUCAUGCAAUCUCUACGCGUUCUACCUAUCGGAUUGUGGCCUGGUCUCCUUGCCAAUAUCAUCGUUGUCGGCGGCAACUCUCUUUUUGACGGAUUUGUUGAGCGACUACAAAAAGAAAUCGUGCAGCUCGCUCCCGAUGAAUGCUUCGUCCGGGUUGCUCGCCCUGUAGAUCCGAUAAUUAGUACAUGGCUAGGCGGUGCUAAUCUAGCCAAGCAUGAGAACAUCAACGCGUUAUCUGUUACAAAGCAAGAGUAUGAUGAGUUCGGUGCGGCGUGGGUUGCGCGCAAGUUCUCCACCGGCUUAGAGUUAUGA